GAAUGGAAUUAAGGUAGCUUUCAUCAAACUCUGAAAUUCUGUGGAGACGCAUGGUGGCGCUGCAGGAUAAUAUCGUAGGGGAAAGAAUGAAAAAAAAAGAAAAAAAGAAACCAAAGAAACCACUACGCUGGAUGAGCCUUGGGAGGACACACAGAGCCUUGGGAAGACAGAAAUAACAAGCUUUAAAGGGCGAGCCAGAAGCUAUUCAAAGGGGUUAAAAUCCUUAGGUCUCUAAAGAUUCAGUGGACAUACCGGAAUCACGUUUUCCAGAACUGUGAAGUGAAGCUGAAGCGAUUCUGCAGGAAGCUUUUGGGAAAGGAGCUAUGGAGAACCCAGGAGCAGGCGCUCUGCAGAUCAGGCAAGUCCUGCUUCUCUUUGUUUUGCUGCGAAUGUCUCAGGCGGGCUCUCAGUCUGGGCGUUUUUCUGUGUCAGAGGAAAUGCAGAGUGGGAGUUUUGUAGGCAAUUUGGCAAAGGACCUAGGACUGGAAGUGGGUGAACUGUCCUCGAGGGCGGCUCGGGUGGUCUCUAAUGAUAACAAACACCGUUUUCAGCUUAACCUAAGCACGGGGGAUUUGCUCUUAAGCGAAGCGCUAGACCGGGAGGAACUCUGUGGCUUCACCGAGACCUGUGUGCUGCAUUUCCAGGUGUUAAUGAAAAACCCCUUGCAGUUUUUACAGAUUGAGGUCGAGGUCAGGGACAUAAAUGACCACUCUCCCAUCUUCUUAGAAAAAGAAAUGCUGCUAGAAAUUCCAGAGAAUAGUCCUGUCGGUGCUGUGUUCUUACUAGAAAGUGCGGAGGAUUUAGAUGUAGGAAUCAACGCUCUAAAAAGCUACAAAAUAAGCCCAAACUCUCACUUCCAUAUUAAAAUGAGAGUCAAUCCAGACAAUAGGAAAUACCCAGAGUUAGUUCUGGACAAGGCGCUGGAUUAUGAAGAGCAGUCCGAGAUUAGUUUCAUCCUCACUGCAGUGGAUGGUGGAUCUCCACCCAGGUCCGGGACUGCCUCGGUUAGGGUGGUGGUCGUGGACAUUAAUGACAACUCCCCGGAGUUUGAGCAGACAUUUUAUGAGGUGAAGAUUCCAGAGAAUAGCGUACUACGCUCGCUGGUUGUCACUGUCUCGGCUUGGGAUUUAGACUCGGGAAAAAAUGGGGAAAUAUCAUAUACUUUUUCCCAUGCCUCUGAAGAUAUUCGCAAGACAUUUGAAAUCAAUCAAGAGUCUGGAGAAGUUAGUUUAACUGCAUCCUUGGAUUUUGAAACAAUUGAAUCAUACUCAAUAAUCAUUCAAGCCACAGAUGGCGGAGGCCUUUUUGGAAAAUCGACAAUCAGAAUUCAGGUGAUGGAUGUGAAUGACAAUACUCCUGAAGUCACCAUUUCAUCAAUUACCACUCCAAUCCCAGAAAAUUCGCCUGAGACAGUGGUUAUGGUUUUCAGUAUACGAGACAGAGAUUCUGGGGACAAUGGGAGGAUGAUUUGUUCUAUCCCAGAAGACCUCCCCUUCGUGCUCAAAUCUUCAGUUGAAAAUUACUACACAUUGGAAACAGAGGGAAAGCUAGACAGAGAAAGCAGGGCCGAGUACAACAUCACCGUCACCGUCACCGACUUGGGGACCCCCAGGCUGAAAACCCAGCACAACAUAACCGUGCUGGUCUCCGACGUCAACGACAACGCCCCGGCCUUCACCCAAACCUCCUACACCCUGUUCGUCCGCGAGAACAACAGCCCCGCCCUGCACAUAGGCAGCGUCAGCGCCACAGACAGAGACGCGGGCGCCAACGCCCAGGUCACCUACUCGCUGCUGCCGCCACAGGACCCGCACCUGCCCCUGGCCUCCCUGGUGUCCAUCAACGCCGACAACGGGCAGCUGUUCGCCCUGAGGGCGCUGGAUUACGAGGCCCUGCAGGCCUUGGAGUUCCGCGUGGGCUCCACGGACCGCGGCUCCCCUGCGCUGAGCAGCCAGGCGCUGGUGCGCGUGCUGGUGCUGGACGCCAACGACAACUCGCCCUUCGUGCUGUACCCGCUGCAGAACGGCUCUGCGCCCUGCACCGAGCUGGUGCCCAGGGCGGCCGAGCCGGGCUACCUGGUGAGCAAGGUGGUGGCGGUGGACGGAGACUCGGGCCAGAACGCCUGGCUGUCGUACCAGCUGCUCAAGGCCACGGAGCCCGGGCUGUUCGGCGUGUGGGCGCACAACGGCGAGGUGCGCACGGCGCGGCUGCUGAGCGAGCGCGACGCGGCCAAGCACAGGCUGGUGGUGCUGGUCAAGGACAACGGCGAGCCGCCGCUGUCGGCCAGCGUCACGCUGCACGUGCUGCUGGUGGACGGCUUCUCGCAGCCCUACCUGCCGCUCCCGGAAGCGGCGGCCGACCCGGCCCAGGCCGACCCGCUCACGGUCUACCUGGUCAUCGCGUUGGCGUCGGUGUCGUCGCUCUUCCUGUUCUCGGUGCUGGCGUUCGUCGCGGCGCGGCUGUGCAGGAGGGUCAGGGCCGCCUCGCUGGGUGGCUGCUCGGUGCCCGAGGGCCACUUUCCGGGCCACCUGGUGGAUGUCAGUGGUACUGGGACCCUUUCCCAGAGCUACCAGUAUGAGGUGUGUCUGACAGGAGGUUCUGGGACAAAUGAAUUUAAAUUUCUGAAGCCUAUUAUUCCUAGUCUUCCAGUCCGUGACACUGGUAGGAAUGUAGAAGAAAAUGAGAAUUUUAGGAAUAGCUUUGGAUUCAACAUUCAAUAAAAUAAUUUAUUUUAAACAUCUAGUCUUUUGUUAUUCUUGGCAAACGGGAUACUUUUGCCAAUGUGUAAUGGAUUUCGGUUGUAUUGUAGUUGCAUGCAUUAUUGCUUGCACUCUCGCCAUUGCUUUAAAAAUCUUGAUUAGUGGCUAUAAUGAAAUGGAGAUAUAAUGUGUGUGUUUUCUGUUUGUUUUGUUCAUUUAUUUCGUCAAAAAUGUCACAUUAAUGAAGUUAUUGCUAAUUUUUAGUUGUGGUAAUGGCACAACUAAAGUGCCAUUAGUUGUGGUUAUAUAAGACAAUGUUAUUAUUUGGAGUUGCAAACUGAAGUACUAAGAGUGAAUUGCACCUGAAACUAAUUUUAAAAAGAGUGAAUUCCACAAUAUAUGUAAUUUACUUCUAGACAUUUCAUCAAAAUGUAGAUAAAGCAAAAAUAUUAAAUAGUUGAAUCUGGGUGGAAAGUAUAUUGAUUGGAUUUAUCACACCAUUCUCCUUGAAAAUUUUCAUCAUAAUGAAUAAAAUGCUACCUUACCGUAUUCAGUACUAGGGUACCUUAUUUGUUUUUUUGUUUUAUAUAGAGUUUUUCCAGAAUGUACUUUAUGACAAACUGAAAGUGACCAGAUUGGAAAUUAUUGAUUUCUUAAGGAAUUUUUCUUUUUUUUUGUUGUCAUUGUUGAUGCUGUUUUGUGGGGGAGGAGUCUUAUAAUGUUCUGGGAUAUGAUACUGUUAUUUUUUCUUUAAAUAUACCCUGUUUGCUAGUUUAAAUUUUUUAUUUUUAUAUUGUUCAUAACUUAACUAGGAUGUAGCUCAUGGUAUUAUCCUAAGUAAAAUAACACACCAUCAGAAGAGUACAGAUAAAAACUUCUUAAGAAAUCAAAAUGAAAAUUCAAACUGUUCAUGAAAUAAAUUAGGUUCACUUUCCUAUUGAUUUUUAAGAGUAAAUGUAAAAAAUCCUUAAUUUGUUGUGGCCUCUCUCAGGCAUCUACAAAGAAGGAAUGGGUUUGUAUUUAUAGAUGCCUCAUGGCACACAAAUCAUAAGGUCUCCGAUCUAUUAGGUUGGUGCAAAAGUAAUGGCAGGUUUUGCAAUUGAAAAUGCAAAAACCCACCAUUACGUUUGCACCAACCUAAUAUAAGAGGACCGUUGGAGGAUUAUAGGAGAGAUUUUGAUAACUGGAAUGUAGUGUGUAUAUAGAGCUAGUGUGUGUAGACAUUUCUAUAAUUUCUCUCAUAAAACUAAGUAUUAUGGACUAGGUGGUGCAGUAAAAAGGAAUUUUACUUGACAUUGUGAAAUAAGUGAGACAAAUUUCAAUUUCCUUAGAAAUCUUCUUUCUUUGCUUCAUACAAUUUUUACUAGUUUUAUUUUGUGUUGCAAUAGACAUUUACUAGUUGUGAGGAUUUCAUUUAAAUAGACAUUUAAGCAUGAAAAAUAAAGAAUGUUUGGGCCCUCUUUAUCCCUCAGAUUCAUAAGAAGCAAAUCAUAUGCUUCCUAUGCAUAAGAAUAGGUGAGAACAGAAUAUCCUAUUUGAAUAAUAAGGAACAGACUUGUAGACUGCCAGAUAGAAUAGAAUCCAGCAUUAGAUUCUUUUACAUAAAAUAACUCAGUCAUGAUAGAGGAGGUGUUGAAAUCACAGGGGUGAUGGGAGACUGAUUACUUAGCAAAUGUUAUUAGGAAAAUUGGCUUGCUAUAUAAAGAAACAAAAGUCUUAUCUCAUUCUA